GGUUCCCCCGCAGAUUCCAGAAUGACGAAACAGUCCCCGAGAGACAUGCCGUCAUCUGGCGCCCCGAGGACAGGUCGUUCCAGCGGGGCGGCUUCGUUGACCUUGCCGAGGUAUGAAAGGGCCUGUCCGCGCUGGAGGGUGACCGACCAUCGCUGUCGAAACUGGUUGAGCAGCUUGGCGGCCUGGGGAUCGCGGCUGCUGAUCGGGUCGGUGACGGUGACGUCGCAGAUCCAUACUGCGCCCGAGUCACGGUCCCGGAUUGCCAGGUCGGCAGUCUGGUCGCCGAUGGGGGUAUAGGUGGCAGUUUCUUUCUCGACGAUGAACUGUGCGUCUCGUGCCAUGCGAGUGCACUCGUCCCGGAGAGCGUUGUGUGUAUUAGUGCGUCCGUGCCCUGUCCCACAGCGGAGCAGGUGGUUUGGGAGACGCGGGUCGGGGAUUUCCACCCGCUUGGCGCAGUUGCAGACCCUCGGGACAGGGAGGGGGAGGCCCAGACGAAAGGCGAGGGCGAUCGCGAAGUGCGGGGGUGUAAGCCGGAGGGAAGGGAAUAGAGGGAUGGCUAGGAGCCAGUCCCCCGCGCCAUACCCCGUGAGGGAGAAAAGGCGCUGUGUUCACCGGUGUCGUGCGCACGAGGUAGGAGACUCGGCGCGAGAUACACCGAUGGAGCAGUAAGGACACGAUUUGCGGGUCCAUGAUGGCCAGGAUAGGUAAGGGGGAGGCCAUGGAGGCGAGCUGGGCCCGAAGGAAGGCGGCUGCCCCCUCCGGGGGGCCGAUGUGGCUGCCGAGCACCCGGAGGCCGUCCGUGCGGAAGGGGAUCGCCGGCGGCAGCAGGUGCGGGGCCGGUCGUGUCGCCGACCAGGCGGCACACUUAUCAGGGUUGUGGGAGAGGCCCAGGUCGGCGAGGGCGGCUGUGAAGUGUGUAAAGGCGGAGGUGCACUCGGCUGGGUCACCGAGGAAAGAGAUGUCAUCGGCGUAGGCGAGGCAGAGGAUAGAGGGGUGGGCGUCCGCCGUGGCUCGGAGGGCGGGGUGGAUAGCCGCGGCGAAGAGUAAUGGACCGAGCGGGUCCCCCUGGCGGACUCCGCGCUCACUGAGGAGGGGAGCGCUAUCAAACCCUGCGUCAAGUAGUAGGCGCGAUGGAUGGCCAUAGGAGAAUUUGACGAACG